AUCUCUUCAUCGCACACCCCUCUCUUCGCAACAACCACUUACCCCUCCCCCCCCCCCCCAACAUCAAAACUAGACUUCAUUCUUCAUAUUCUUUUUAAUCGAGUAUGAAUAAUGGCAAUGCGAACGUAACCAACUCGAUUGAGGAGCAACUUGCGAGUCUCAAUCUUGGUGGCAAAACUGCUUACAUCCCUCCUCAUAUGAGGAGUUUGCCGUCUGUCUCCCCUUCUAUCCGACCUGCGAAUAACGGCACUGGUGCUGUCUCUCCGUCUAUUGACCCCCGUCAACCAUCUUACUCUCGCGGCGGGUACGGUGGCGGAUUUGGUGGCGGCCGCGGCGGAUACCGCAGUGACGGCUAUGACGGUGGUCACUCUCGCGGUGGCCCUGGCGGCUAUGACCGUGGUGGGGCGGGAUAUCCCUCCCGCGUCUCCGAUGGCAGUGGUGUUUGGAAAGAUGACCAACACGUGCUCGGAGGAAAGAAUGCUCGAAUGGAACAAGAGCUGUUCGGCGAUCCUAACGAUCCGACCAAGCAGCACACCGGUAUAAACUUUGAAAAAUACGAUGACAUUCCCGUCGAGGCCACGGGCGUGGGCAUCCCCGAACCGAUUACCGCUUUCAAUAGCCCUCCUUUGGAUCCUGUUCUUCUCGAGAAUAUCCACCUUGCUCGCUAUUUGACUCCCACUCCAGUUCAGAAAUACUCUGUUCCUAUUGUCGCGGCGGGACGCGAUCUAAUGGCUUGCGCCCAGACUGGCUCGGGGAAGACGGCUGGUUUCCUCUUCCCCAUCUUGUCGGCUUCGUUCACCAAUGGUCCAACUGCACCCCCUCCCGAUACAGCCGGUUAUGGUGGACGUCGCAAAGCAUACCCUACUGCGCUCAUCUUGGCUCCCACCCGCGAACUUGUGAGCCAGAUUCACGAAGAAGCUCGCAAGUUUGCAUACAGGUCUUGGGUGAGGCCUGCCGUCGUCUACGGCGGCGCAGACAUUGGUCAGCAGCUGCGUCAAAUUGAACGCGGUUGUGAUCUUCUCAGCGCUACUCCCGGCCGUCUCGUCGAUCUCAUCGAGCGUGGCAGGAUUUCUCUUGCCAACGUGCGGUAUCUCGUUCUUGACGAGGCCGAUCGUAUGCUUGACAUGGGUUUCGAACCUCAAAUCCGUCGCAUCGUUCAGGGAGAAGACAUGCCCGACGUCAACCACCGCCAAACACUGAUGUUCAGUGCCACCUUCCCCCGAGACAUUCAGAUGCUUGCCAAGGAGUUCCUGAAGGAUUACAUCUUCUUAUCUGUUGGGCGUGUUGGGUCCACUUCGGAAAACAUCACUCAGCGUAUUGAGUUCGUUGAAGACCACGACAAGCGCUCUUAUCUCCUCGAUAUUCUCACCGCCGAGGGCCAAAACGGCUUGACCCUGAUUUUCGUCGAAACGAAGCGCAUGGCUGACAUGCUCAGCGAUUUCUUGAUGGGAAGUAGUAUUCCCGCCACAUCCAUUCAUGGCGACCGCACGCAGCGUGAACGUGAACAAGCGCUUGCCACUUUCCGCUCAGGGCGUACCCCCAUCAUGGUCGCGACUGCCGUGGCCGCCCGUGGUCUCGAUAUCCCAAAUGUUAUGCACGUUAUCAACUAUGAUCUUCCUUCCGACAUCGAUGAUUACGUCCACCGCAUUGGUCGUACCGGCCGUGCCGGUAACACCGGUAUCGCUACUGCAUUCUUCAAUCGUGGGAAUCGUAACAUCGUUCGCGACUUGUUGGAACUUCUUAGGGAGGCCAAUCAGGAAGUUCCUCAGUGGCUUCUUGACAUUGCAUCGGAAAAUUCGUUCGGCGGUGGCGGUUUCUCUCGUGGACGAGGGGGAGGACGCGGCCGUGGCGGUCGUGGUGGUGCCAACCGUGAUUACCGUACGCAGGGCUCUGGAGGUGGCCGCGGUGGGUACGGCGGCGGAGGCUCUGGUGGCAACUACGGCGGCGGAGGCGGGUAUGGCAACAACUACGGCGGUGGCAGUGGGUACAGCGGUGGCGGCUACAGCGGCGGUUCUGGUGGUGGCGGCUCCUGGUGGUGAAUACCCACCAAAAAGUGCUACCCACAGCUUCUGCAACCGACCACACGCGUUUUCUUAACACCGCGACUUCGUUCAUCUCACUUCAGAACUUCGACACCUUUUCUUUCUCGCCUGGAUGCUGUGAUUUCGGAACUCCCUUCGGGUUUUUGGUGCAUGCUCUCGUGUCUCGUCCCAACGUUAUACCAACGAUGCAUAUCUCAUUCCUCAUCGACCAAUCUUAUUCACUAGACCGGUGUGCUGGGGCAUGGGAACCUGGCUGGUUCAACUGAUAGAGUGUGCGGUAGAGGGGGUUAGAGAAGGAACUACAACCUUCGCUCGAUUAGACGUCAUCCCUUCCUGCAUGCCUGCAUUUUGACGAGACUGACAUUAUAUCAAGAGCAUCAACGACCUGUUAUAGAGCAUUCACAACAUCACUGUAUCCUAGCUACUUUGUUUCCUUCUACAAUGCAUGCGUGUGUGCC